GGAUGAAAAGAGACUAUCCGGCUCUUUGUUCAACGAAGGUGGCAGCAGCGAAGGCUAUAAUUUAUUCUCCAUGUGCGAGCAAUACUUCUCUUCAAAACAUCUCACCUUUAACUACCGAUCCAGAGGGCUCGCACCUGAACGUGCCUAUGCCGAAGGAGGCACUCCCAUCGUGUUCAGGAUACCUUCCCGUCAGCACGUCCACUCCGAAGUCUCGUAUGUUCUAUACAUACUAUGAGGCGACAGAACCCUCAAGGUCGCUUUCAGAGACUCCGCUUCUUCUUUGGCUGAACGGUGGUCCAGGUUGUUCAAGUAUGAUUGGCAAUUUCUAUGAGAUUGGUCCCUGGAAAGUCGAUAUAACAGAUGACGACAUUGACAGCCUUCACCUGCAAAAGAACCCAUGGGCUUGGAACAGAAGAUACGGCCUGCUAUUUAUUGAUAAUCCGAUUGGCACAGGGUUUAGUGUCGCGGGACGAAUUGAGGACAUUCCUCAAGACCAGCCUACAGUGGCAAAGCACUUAUUUAAUGCCCUCUCAACAUUCUUUGAAAUGCAUCCGAGCUUGUGUGACCGUCCAUUCUUUGUUACGGGGGAGUCAUAUGCAGGGAAGUAUGUGCCUGAGCUCAGCUGCUUGGUGAUGGAGCAGCAGCAACGAGGCCAGGGCCUCCCAGUAAGAUUUGCAGGAAUUGUUAUUGGGAACGGCUUCACAGACCCUCGGAUUCAGGUGCAAGUUCAUGAGCAUGUCGCUAGGGCCUUCAGCAUUCUUACUGGCCAACAGGCAGACUACGUAAAGGAGGAGGCCAACAGGGUGGUUCAACUUAUUUACAGGGAAGAAUGGGAGGAGGCACAUUAUGCACGCACCGCCCUAUGUGAAUGGAUAGAGCACAAAGCGGGAAUCCCAACGCUGCUGGAUAUUCGACGACAUGCCAAAUACCAUGCCACACAAGGUGGAGUGGACUCUGAAGCAUGGAUGCGCUCUCUGUCCUGGAAAGGUACAGACAGCUUCUGGAAUGCCGAGCGCAUGGUGUGGCUUGUAUCUGGAAAAAGAGAAGGAUAUUGGAGGCAGUGGAAGAAUCUGACUCAUGUGAUCGUGACUGGUGCUGGACAUCAAGUGCCUGCUGAUCAACCUGAGGCUGCAGCAGCCAUGAUCGAGACAUGGGUUGAGCAACAUAUCUCACUGGAGAGGCCGACCUCACAGGUGCAGAUUGGUCAGCCCUUGGCUGUGGAGACUGGGGGGGUCGAUGAACCAGAUGUUCAGCCUGAGCUGACCUUGGAAGCUGCAAUGGCCUCACUGGACCAUAGCGCAGGGGAUCAAGCGCUUACUAGAACAAGACUCUAG